GCGCGGCUGGGUCGUAAAGCACAUUCAAGUUACGAGUCAUUAUUAAUAAUAUAAAUCCUGCUUUUAUGCGAGGCUGGAACCAUUUCUUGCUUAUGGUCGGAUCGUCGUCUUACAUCGCAGACUAGUAAGCGGCCGUGUUAUCCAGAACAAGAGCUAUGGGCAUGAUGAAUCUGCAAGCCGCGGUGCAGAGUGUGUCUCCGACCUAUAAAACGCGGUAGCCUCCUGAGCGGAUCCUACGAUAGCCCCUUUUCACUCUGGUCACCUCCGCUCGUCCCCGCUCCAGCCUUGAACAUCCACCCAACUUCUCUCACCAUCUGUUCUCGAGCGAUGGAGCCUACACCAAAGCCCCUUUCUAAGGGCCCUCUGCCUAUCGUCUUGCGCGGUUCCUGUCUAUGCGGCACAAUCCGUCUAGAAAGCAAGAUGCUACCCGAAUCGAUUACACUCUGUCACUGUAUAGAAUGCCGCAAGGCCUCCUCAAAUCCAUUCCUGGCAUUUGGGUUAUUCCACAAUGAUUACAUCCAGUGGUCUAUCUCCAGUUCCUCUGGCACGAAGCCUUUGCAUGGUGACCUGUCAGAAGGUAUCAAACUGAUUUACUACUCUGAUAUCGCGGUACGGGGCUGGUGUCCUCGCUGCGGCACACCUCUCUUCAUGAAAUACCAUUGUCGACCAGACGGGACUAGUAUUACCAUGGGUCUGAUCGACGAUGAACAUAUCGUUGGCACGAUCCCAAAGGUCAAAGAGCACAUUUUUCUCGGAGAGAAAGCGGCCUGGUGGAAUAUGCCGUCGGACGAUGGAACUGCUCGAUAUAGCGGGUUCAAUGGACCUUUUACCCGUCGACUCAAGGACUGGUCGGCCAAGGGCCGUCCGCAACGAUUGGAUAUCCCUCCAGCCCCUUUCAAGUUUAAACUUUGAGAUUGGCUAAUUCGUUGGCAUUGGAAACUUGACGUCAGUUAAAUGGUCGGAGAAUUGGUUACGGUCCAAGAGUCGGGACUGUUUUUUGGGGUUGAACGUCUGGUUCAGUUAGCUCUUGAGAUAUGGCGGUUGCGCAAACUCAUAAGUGAGCAAUUAUGAGACCAUCAUCUCAUCUUCCAUCACUUAAGCGAGGAUUCAAACAGUCUUCUAGGGGUCUUGAGAGACAGGAUGGCUGUUAAGGUUUUUAGUUAGAUUGGGAUUCGUAGGGGA